GUAAAACUUGAGAGACGAACAAACAAACAAAAAAAAAAAGAUCUACCAAUUUACAGCCAAUAUCUACGAUUCUUUUCAGAAGUACAAGAGGCAUUCAUUACAUUAUGUCGCCAAAGCCGACAAGUACUUCAAGAAACUUUAAAGACGGUACUUUUGGACACAUACCACUUACAAUAAUUGAAAAGGCCAGCAAAGAAGUGAUCACGAAGAAAAGUGCUUUUCUCAAUGUGAAUAGACAGAAAGAUAAGACAGUGAUUGCAGCAAUUUGUCAAGAAGGGGUAUUUUAUGUAUGUUUAACGGAAAGUAAUAUAAUUGAACUCAAAGGAAAGAAGCAGACUAAAAAAUACAAUGAUGAAGAGUGGCGAGGAAUUGUAUAUGAGCUACUUUCAUUCGAACAUGAAGUUGAAGAUUUACAAAUAGUGGCCGAUUUGAUUACGGAAAGUGAAUACGACAGUAAGAACCACGAGGUUGAGGAAGUGAGUGAUUCAGAGAUGGUGCUAAUAAUCCAAACUCGAGCCAAACUACCGGUGAAGCUAGGGGAGAUCCCACUUGCGCAAGUGGACGAUGAAGAAGAGAAGCUUCCGAAGGAAAUCAAACAGGAUGUCUUUGAGAUAUUCAAUUGGAUGGAAGCUAUUUCGGGUCAAAACGAUAAAUUGAAGGCCAUAGUGGAUAGAAUGGCUAAAAAAGAGAAGAGUUUAGAUGAAUUAGUUAUGCUCAAGACCAAAGAGAUUGACGAAAUUAGACAAGAGUACGAGGAGAUCGUUGAAGAUUUACAGGACAAGUUCUACCAGGUAUUGAAUGCAAAGAAGAGUAGGAUAUGGGAAUUAGAAGGGAGAAAUGAAAAUGAAUUAGAAUAUUUGAAUCAAACUUACAUUGAGCAGAAUAGGAAAAAUUUCAAUCACGGAGUAAUAAAGAAGGAAGAAAUCCCCGAUGAAAUUGAUGAAGCAUAUAAGCCACCAACCAGAAAACGGAAGCAAAAGGAGGAGAAUAGGCCCAAGAGAAGGAAAAAGGAGCCAGUUAAAGAGGAUAACGCUACUCAAGAGGACACUGAGUAUCUGGCCAAUGAAAUGGACAUUGACGAUAGUGAAUCCCACAGUAGUGAUGAACAGGAAAUAGACGAGACCCAAUUAGAGCAAAAGCAAGCGGAUGAGAAAGAUAGGAGUAAAGAAGUUGAGGUUAAACAAGAAGACCAUGACAUGGUUACAACUGACCGCGAGGGAGAAAAGGAAAGCCUUGACUCCGGGGCAGACACCGACUACAGUGAAGAAGAAGACUAAAAUUGAAGCUUUUUUGAAGUAUUUUGCUAAUUAGUCUGCGGAUA